AACCUAUAUUUUCUCAGUUCAGUCUUUCUCGGAUUUUUCAUUGACUGUAGACUCGUCACAAUGAGCGGCACAUAUACUCUUGUGCUGUGGGGGCACCUUUUAAGUACGGCUCUGAUUUUAAAGUUGAUUAACUUUAUUUUCCCGUCCUUGACAAUAUUCAUAUGUUCGUGCGUUUCUUCUUACAUUUUAUGGAUAUGUUUUGCUGCUCUCACAUUUCAAUUCACGAAAGGAAAAUUCUUAAACGAGCGAGUUGAAGCUGGAAAUAAAGCUGUUCUCAUAACAGGAUGCGAUUCAGGAUUCGGAAAUAUGCUCGCCAAGCGUCUUGAUUCGAAGGGGUUUCAUGUAUUCGCUUCAUGUUUGAACCCGGAAAGUGAAGGUGCGUCGAAACUAAAGGCAAAUUGUUCCAACCGCCUGCAUAUAUUACCUCUGGACGUCACAAAGAACGAAAGUGUGGAGAAAGCUGUUGAAUACGUGAAAGCAAAUCUUGGUUCAUCUGAAUUAUGGGCCAUUGUCAACAAUGCCGGAAUUUUCAAAGGACUUUCUGUGGAGAUGUGUACGCUGGACGACUUUAAAGAUGUGUACGAUGUCAACCUGAUGGGGGUGGUAAGAGUCACCAAAGCAUUUCUCCCUCUACUCAAGAAAUCAAAGGGAAGGAUUGUGAACGUUACGAGCCAUGGGGGUAAAGUUGCUCUCCCGUUUUUCGCAGCUUACUUAUCUAGUAAAUUUGCCGCAAUUGGUCUAAGUGACUGUUUGAGGCAUGAAAUCGGUAUGGAAGGAAUUUCUGUGGUGUCCAUUGAACCAGAAAUAUUUUACACCCCAUUCAUAUAUGAAAGCACUAAAGAUCAGCUGAAUUCGAUGGGAAGCCAAGGCAGUUCAAUCGAAGAUGACCACGGCGAAGACUUCAAAAAAUCAUUGAAAGAUCUUGGAAACGUCUUUAUGUCUUUUGCAUGUCGUGACACAAGCAUUGUUAUUGAUGACUUGGAAGCAGCAGUCAGUUUGGUACACCCAGAUCAUACCUAUAAGCCAAGAAGGCAUGCACUCUGCCGCUUCUUAUAUUUCUGUCACGAAAAGAUGCCAAAAAGUUUUAAAAUCUUAUUUUUUAAAAUAGUUUUAUUUAUUUUCUUCUCAGACUCUAAAAUACUUAAAAAUAUAGUCAUGAAAAUAAUAUCUAUAAUAUUAAAAUAAUCUUUUCAGAAGAUAAACUACUAAUAUAUUAGAAACAAAAACAGACAUCUUUUUUUCGUAACAUUUUUAACAGAGCGAGAAUAAGACAUGUAGGGACUCUUAGAAAUGCAAACCUCGAGGCCCCCUUUUCUCCUUCCAGCUGCUAAAAGCAGGAAUUUUUUUAGUUGAUUUUAAUUUCAAUUUCUAUCUAUGCAGUUUGAAGAAGGAAGAGUUUAUAUACUGAUACAUAUUUAUUUAAUUUCAGGGAAUUUCUAAAGUAAAAAAAACAGUUGUAAAAAGUAUUUAAUUAAGAUUAUUUUGGGAAUAAUGCUACAAACUUUAAAGAAAUAUUAAAAAGAUUAUAUUUUAAUUUUAUUUCAACAAGUUCGAGUGUAUGGCCUUUGUAAAUUGAGUGGAAACAUUAUAUUAAAUUGCUGCAAAAACGCCAUAAAAAAUCUAGAGACCUCAGGAUCCAAGAACAUAGGCAGCUGCAUACUUAGCCUAUUUAUUAAGUCGACAAUAGAUUUAAAAUAAAAAUAACUAAUAUGGGGUUUUCCUUUUUUUCUAUUUUUUUUCUCAAAAUCUAAAAUGUUUCAAAAAUUUUGUGAUGCAAAUCUAUAUACUAAGUACUAAUAAAAUUUAAUCAGAAAAUAUCAAUUAUCUUAUGAAAAUAAAAUCUAAUUACCUGA